AACCUACACCUCAAAAGGACUAGGCUUCGACGAGACUAUUUACCUAUAGAAUAAUGAGACCUGAAGUCGAGCAGGAAUUGGCUCACACGCUUCUUUUGGAGCUUUUGGCCUACCAAUUUGCAUCUCCCGUCAGAUGGAUUGAAACUCAGGAUGUCCUGUUGUCUCCUCCAUACUCAUCGGAGCGUUUGGUUGAAAUUGGUCCCAGCCCUACGCUGGCUGGAAUGGCUCAACGUACUCUGAAAAUGAAAUAUGAGAACAUUGAUGCUGCUCUUAGUAUGAACCGUGAGGUUUUGUGCUAUUCUCGCGAUAAGAAGAACAUCUAUUACAAUAUCGAGAAUGAAGAGCCUCAAGAAGUAGCUCCUGAGCCAGUUGCAGCCGCUGCUCCCACACCGGCGGCUGCCGCCCCAGCCGCUCCUGCAGCUGCCCCUGCUCCAGCCGCUUCUGAACCUGUUGCGGCAGCAGCAGAGCUUCCCGACGAACUUCCUAAGGCAGUCGACGUCCUCCACAUUCUUGUCGCCCAGAAACUCAAAAAGACUGUCGACGAGGUCUCUCCCCAAAAGGCCAUUAAGGACUUGGUUGGCGGUAAGUCUACGCUUCAGAAUGAAAUUCUCGGUGACCUGCAAAAGGAAUUUGGUAGCACUCCCGAGAAGCCAGAGGAAACUCCUCUGGAUGAGCUUGGAGCUACGAUGCAAACUAGCUUCUCUGGCCAAUUGGGUAAACAAUCUUCUUCACUCAUUUCCCGUAUGAUUUCCUCGAAGAUGCCUGGUGGUUUCAGCAACAGUGCUGUUCGUGCUUACCUGAAGAAUCGUUUUGGCUUGGCCACUGGUCGUACUAACUCCGUUUUGCUCUUGGGUUUGACCAUGGAACCUGCUGCUCGUAUUGGAUCUGAGGCAGAAGCUAAGGCUUGGCUUGACACCGUUGCACAAAAGUAUGCCUCUCGCAACGGCAUCACUCUUUCUGCACCCGCUGCCGCCAGCUCAAGUGGUGGUGGUCAGGCAGCCGUCAUUGAUGAGGCUACUUUCAAGAAGCUCACUCAAAGCAACACUAAGCUUGUUACACAGCAGUUAGAGUUGUUUGCCAACUACCUGAACAAAGAUUUGCGUGCCGGUGACAAGGCUGCUGUUGCCGAGAGAGCAGUUUCUGAUGCCCUUCGUGCUCAAUUGGACCUCUGGAACAACGAGCAUGGCGAAUUUUAUGCCUCUGGUAUAUCCCCCAUCUUUUCUCCCCUUAAGGCCCGUGUUUACGACUCUGAGUGGAACUGGGCUCGUCAAGAUGCUCUUAAAAUGUUUUAUGAUAUUAUUUUCGGUCGUCUUAAACUCGUCGAUCGUGAAAUCGUUUCUCGUUGCAUUGCUGUUAUGAACCGUGCUAACCCAGUUCUUCUUGAGUUCAUGCAAUACCACAUUGAUCAUUGCCCCUCUGACAAGGGUGCCACCUACCAAUUGGCGAAGGAGCUCGGUCAGCAAUUAAUCGAUAACUGCAAGGAGGCCAUUGAGAAGCCUCCUGUUUUCAAGGAUGUGAACUACCCUACAGCUCCAUCAACCGAAAUUGACGAGCGCGGCAACCUGAACUAUGAAGAGGUUCCUCGCUCUGGUGUUCGUAAGCUUGAGCAAUACGUUGCUGAAAUGGCACGUGGUGGUAAGGUUCCUCCUGCUUCUAAGAGUAAGGCUAAGGUCCAGGAUGACCUUGCUCGCAUCUAUCGCAUUAUUACUUCUCAGAACAAAAUGACUCGCUCUUCCAAACUGCAAGUCAAGCAACUCUAUGCCCAAGUUCUGCGCAAUCUUAAUAUUCGUCUUCCCUCUGGCAACGACAAGACUCCCGCCAAAGAAACUAUUCCAUUCUUGCAUCUGUGCCGUAAGUCUGGCGAGGCUUGGGAAUUCAACAAGACCUUGACUGCCGCUUACUUGGACGUUCUCGAGAACGGUGCCAAGAAUGGUAUCACUUUCCACGGCAAAUGCGCCUUGGUUACUGGUGCUGGUGCUGGUUCAAUUGGUGUUCAGAUCGUUAAAGGCCUUCUUGCUGGUGGUGCUCGCGUUAUCGUCACCACUUCCCGCUAUUCCCGCAAGGUUACUGAGUUCUACCAGUCUUUGUUUACUCGUUAUGGUAGCCGUGGUUCUUCUUUGAUUGUUGUUCCUUUCAACCAGGCUUCGAAGCAAGAUGUUGAGGCUUUGGUUAAGUACAUUUUUGAUGAAAAAGAUGGUCUUGGCUGGAAUCUUGACUAUAUCGUUCCUUUUGCCGCCAUUCCAGAGAACGGCAGAGAAAUUGACAACAUUGACUCUCGUUCAGAAUUGGCUCACCGCAUCAUGCUCACCAACGUCAUGCGCCUUCUCGGUGCCGUCAAGGUGGAGAAAGCUGCUCGUGGCUUUGACACUCGCCCUGCUCAAGUCAUUCUUCCUCUGUCUCCCAACCACGGAACCUUCGGUAACGAUGGUAUGUAUUCUGAAUCUAAGUUGGCUCUGGAAGCUUUAUUCAACCGUUGGAGUUCUGAGUCUUGGUCGAACUACCUCCUUAUCUGCGGAGCUGUUAUCGGCUGGACUCGUGGUACUGGUCUUAUGGCACCUAACAACAUCGUCGCUCAAGGAAUUGAGAAGUAUGGUGUUCGUACCUUCUCUCAAGCUGAGAUGGCUUUCAACAUUUUGGGUCUCAUGUCUCAGAAGAUUGUUAACAUUUGCCAAACCGAACCUGUUUAUGCCAACCUCAAUGGUGGUUUAGAGCUUCUUCCCUCCAUCAAGGAUCUCAGCACACGUCUUCGUACUGAGUUGAUCCAAACUGCUGAGAUUCGUAAGGCAGUUGCUGCUGAGGCUGCAUUUGACCACAAUGUUCUGAACGGUCCUGGCUCGGAUGCCAUUUAUCACAAGACUGCCAUCCAACCUCGUGCCAAUCUCAAGUUCGAAUUCCCUAAAGCCAAGCCCUAUGAAGCAUAUGCUCAUCUCAGCCAUCUUCGUGGUAUGGUUGACUUGGAAAGAGUUGCCGUUGUCACUGGUUUCUCCGAGGUUGGUCCUUGGGGUAACUCCCGUACACGUUGGGAUAUGGAGUGUUUUGGUGAAUUCUCUCUCGAGGGUUGUGUCGAGCUUGCUUGGAUCAUGGGUCUCAUCAAGAACUUUAACGGUACGUUGAAGAACGGAAAGCCCUACUCCGGCUGGGUUGACGCAAAGACUGGUGAGCCCGUCGAUGAUAAGGAUGUUAAGAGCAAGUAUGAGAGCUACAUGAUUGAGCAUUGUGGUAUUCGUAUUGUGGAGUCUGAUAUGUUUAACGAUUACCACCCUGAGAAGAAAGAGCUGCUCCAAGAGGUUGUUAUCGAUCAUGAUCUCGAACCUUUUGAGGCCUCUAAGGAUGCUGCACAUGAAUUCAAGUUGAAGCAUGGUGAUAAGGUUGAGAUCUUCGCAAUUCCCGAUUCAACUGAGUGGUCCGUUCGCUUCAAACGUGGUACCAGUCUGUUGGUUCCUAAGGCCCUUCGUUUUGAUCGGUUUGUUGCUGGCCAAAUUCCUCGUGGUUGGGAUCCUAAGAGAUAUGGUAUUCCUGAGGACAUUGUUUCUCAAGUUGACCCCACUACCUUGUAUGUACUUGUGUCUACUGUGGAGGCUCUUGUGUCUUCUGGUAUUACAGAUCCUUACGAGUGUUACAAGUACAUCCACGUUUCUGAACUUGGUAACGCCGUCGGUUCUGGUGUCGGUGGUAUGAGCGCUCUUCGUGGAAUGUACAAGGACCGCUGGUGUGACAAGCCCGUGCAAAAGGAUAUUCUUCAAGAAUCUUUCAUCAACAGUGCUAGUGCCUGGAUCAACAUGUUGUUGCUUUCUUCUUCUGGUCCUAUUAAGACUCCUGUUGGUGCAUGCGCUACUGCCGUUGAGUCUGUUGACGCCGCUGUUGAAAUGAUCUCCUCCGGUAAGGCUAAGAUCUGUAUUGCUGGUGGUUUCGAUGAUUUCUCUGAGGAGGGUUCCUAUGAAUUCGCCAACAUGGGUGCCACCUCUAACUCUAUCAAGGAAACUGAGCGUGGACGUACCCCUGCCGAGAUGUCUCGUCCUGCAACCACCACUCGUGAUGGUUUCAUGGAGGCUCAAGGUGCUGGUGUGGAAAUUGUCAUGCAAGCCAAAUUGGCUAUUGAAAUGGGUGUUCCCAUUUACGGUAUUAUUGGUUAUGCCAACACUGCCAUGGACAAGCAAGGUCGUUCCGUUCCUGCUCCUGGAAAGGGUGUUCUCACAGGAGCCCGCGAGUUGCAAUCAAAGUUCCCCUCUCCCUUGUUGGAUAUUAAGUAUCGUGCUCGUCAACUGAAGUUGCGUCGUCAACAAAUUUCUGACUGGGCUGAGCAGGAGUACCUUUACCUCGAUGAGGAGCUCUCUGCCAUCAAGUCUCAAGAUCCUAGUGUGAACAUUGAUGACUACCGUCUCGAGCGCGUUGCUCAUAUCAAGAAGGAAAUUGCACGCCAAGAUAAGGAGGCUCUCGCAACCUUCGGAAAUGACUUCUGGAGAAAGGAUCCUUCCAUUGCUCCAAUCCGUGGCGCUUUGGCUGUUUGGGGUCUUGGUGUCGAUGAUAUUGGCGUUGCCUCUUUCCACGGCACAUCUACCGUUGCUAACGAGAAGAAUGAGUGUGAUGUCCUCGACAGCCAACUUAAACAUCUUAACCGUUCUAAGGGUAACCCUAUCUUGGGUGUGUUCCAGAAGUAUCUUACUGGUCAUAGCAAGGGUGGUGCCGGUGCAUGGAUGUUGAACGGUGUUUUGCAAAUUCUGCAAACUGGUUACGUUCCUGGUAAUCGUAACGCUGAUAACAUUGAUGCCUACAUGGAACGUUUCGAUCAUGUGAUGUUCCCCAGUCAAGGUAUCCAAACUGAUGGUGUUCGUGCUGGUUCCGUCACUGCCUUCGGUUUUGGUCAAGUUGGUGGUCAAAUUAUCGCUAUUCAUCCUGACUAUGUCCUUGCCACUUUGGAUAAGGAUACAUACGAGGCUUAUAUUGCUAAGACAAAGAUUCGUUACCAGGCUUCUUACCGCUAUACUCAUGAUGCUCUUGUCAACAACAAUCUGUUCCGUGCUAAGGAUCAUCCUCCUUACACUGCCGAGCAAGAGAAGAUUGUUUACCUUAACCCUGAGGCUCGUGCUUACUUGGAUGAAAAGACGAACACGUACAAGUAUGCUUCUGGUAAGCCCAAGCCCAAGAAGCAACCUGCCUCCGUCUCUAAGACCGCAAGCAUGCUUGAUUCUAUGACGAAGGCUCUUGCUGGUAGCUCUCAAACCGUUGGCGUUGAUGUAGAGUUGAUUGCUGCCAUUAAUGUCAGCAAUGACACGUUCCUUGAACGUAACUUCACCGAAGCUGAGCGUUCUUACUGCUCUUCCACCCCCAACCCUCAAGCCAGUUAUGCUGGUAGAUGGUCCGCUAAGGAGGCCGUUUUCAAGAGUUUGGGCGUCAAGGGUCAAGGUGCUGGUGCUUCGUUGAAGGACAUCGAAAUUGUGGCAUCUGAGAGCGGUGCCCCUACUGUUCAGCUGCAUGGUGCAGCCAAGGAGGCUGCAGAUAAUGCUGGUGUUAAGAACGUGUCUGUUAGCAUUUCUCACGACGACAUUCAAAGUGUUUCUGUUGCUAUCGCUGAGCACUAAAUGCCGAAAAUUGACGACCUAAAAUAUCCGUUUACAUAUAAGAGUCCGAAUUCACGUCCUUGUUUAAUAUCCUAGGGGACAGUGAUGCAGUCGCUGUCGGUGUAUUUACUUGUAAUAUCUAACGACGUCAAAUAAAAAUAUCAUUUGCAUUGUCUUUUAUUAAAGAA